CAUGAACGAACUCACACUGAAGAGAAACCCUAUGAAUGUAAAUAGUGUGGUAAAUCUCUCAGGUCUCCUCUAGGCUUACAGAUACAUGAAAGAAAUCCCACUGGAGGAAAACCCUGUGAAUGUAAGCAAUGUGGUAAAUCCCUCAGUUGUCCCAGCUUCUUUAGAAGACAUGAAAAGAUGCACACUGCAGAGAAACAAUAUGAAUGUAAACAAUGUGAGAAAGCCUUCAGUUCUCCUCUAGGUUUACGAAUACAUGAAAAAAUUCACACUGGAGAGAAACCUUUUGAAUGUAAAGAGUAUGGGAAAGCCUUCAUUUCUCUUUCAAGUAUUUGGACACACAUGAUAACACACAGUGGAGAUGGAUCCUAUAAGUGUAAGGAAUGUGGGAAAGCAUUCCCCAGUUCAUUUCGAUCACAUGAAAGAAUUCACACUGGCGAGAAGCCAUAUGAAUGUAAGGAAUGUGGGAAAGCCUUUAUUUCUCCCUCAAGUGUUUGAACACACAUGAUAAUGCACACAGGAGAUGGACCCUACAAGUGUAAGGAAUGUGGGAAAGCAUUCAAUUUUCCCAGUUCAUUUCGAAUACAUGGAAGAACUCACACAGGAGAGAAGUCCCAUGAAUGUAAGGAAUGUGAAAAAGCCUUCAUUUAUCGUACUACCUUUCGAGGACACAUGAGAAUGUACACUGGUGAGAAGCCAUAUAAAUGUAAAGAAUGUGGGAAAGCCUUCAGUCAUCCCAACUCCUUUAAAAGACAUGAAAAAUCUCAUACUGAAUAG